CCCUCCUUUCCUCCUCUGCUUUUCCUUAGCCACUAAGUCUUCUCUCUUCUUCCUCCUCCUCCUCCUUCUUUUGAAAUACAGACAGAACCGAAAGCUGAAGCUCCUCCUCCUAUGUGUUCUCCAAUGGCAGAUACAGAUUCUGAGAACAUCAAAUACCAAAAGCUUAUUUCAGAGCAAAACCAAGCGAACCCAAGUAAGUUUUACUCGCAAUUCAUGUACAAAGCUCUCGUAGUUACAGUUUUCUUAGUUAUUCUUCCGCUAUUUCCUUCACAAGCCCCUGAAUUCAUCAAUCAAAGUUUACUCACCAGAAGCUGGGAGCUUCUACACCUCGUUUUUGUCGGAAUCGCCGUCUCAUACGGGCUAUUUAGCCGGCGAAACGACGAAACAGAGAAGGAAAACAACAGCUCUAAAUUCGAUAAUGCGCAUUCGUACGUGUCUAGAUUCCUUGAGGUGUCGUCCGUUUUUGAUGAUGAGGCCGAAAUCCCAUCUGGGUCUGAUGAGAACAAGGUCCAGACGUGGAGUAGUCAGUACUAUAGGAAUGAGCCCGUGGUUGUUGUAGCUCAAGAACACUCUGUUCUCGAUGAACACAGAAGCUCAGGCGAGAAGCCGCUGCUUUUGCCUGUUCGGAGCUUGAAACCGCGUGUUCCUGAGCCAGGUGUGGUUGAAUCCGCUAAUGAAUCUGAAUCCAAUGGCUCCUCUGUCUCUAAUAGUCGGUCUAAUUCAAAACAGGGUUCCAGAAGGUUUUCAAGCAAUUCGAAUAAAAGCAGGAGCGUGGAAUUAGGAGGUUUGGAUCAUGUGGAAUUGGAGGAGAAAUUGAUUAACAACGUUGUGCUUCCUUCUCCAAUUCCAUGGCGAUCGAGGUCUGGAAGAAUGGAAAUGAAAGAAGAAGCUGACAGAGACAUUCCUCCCCCGUAUACUCUGCCUCCUUCAAUGGCGGAAUCUGAAUUUAAUCGGCUCGAAUCUCGGUCUUCAAGGUUGCAGAUGUCUCACUCAUCGCGAUCUAAUUCCAACACUUCUUCUCCAAAGCUGUCUCAAUCUUCCCCGAGGAAGUCAUCUCCUUCUUCUUCUCCUUCUCUUUCUCCUUCGCCUUCCCUGUCAGCAGAAUCACAAGCCAAGAAUGCAGAGGAUUUCGUGAGGAAGAAGAGCUUUUACAAGUCCUCUCCUCCUCCUGCACCUCCGCCGCCGCCACCAAUGAUCCGUACGUCAUCUUCAAUGAAGCGGAAUUCUAGCAACGGGGUUUCGAUUGAGAAGGAGCUGAGGCGAAGCUUCACAGGUGAAAGCCUGGCGAGCAGAGAGAACGGUUCAGCAACGGGAAAAUCAAAGCCAACCUUCGUGAAAUUCUCCGAGGAAGACAAAGAAGAUUUUGUCAACAUGACAAUGGUGUCCGAUGAAGACACGGAAACCGAAGACGACGACGUUGUGGGAGGAGAUUUUGUUCGAACCGAUUCCGGAACAAGUGUUCCAACUCCAACUGACGUGGACAGGAAGGCAGAUGAGUUCAUAGCGAAAUUCAGAGAGCAAAUCCGGCUUCAGAGGAUUGAUUCCAUCAAGAGAUCCGCCGGACAGAUGAAGAGAAACUCUUCAAGGUAAAAAAAAACAUGAAGAUCCUCUGGUGUUAUUAAAAACAAAACUUUCCUUUUUCUCUCUUGGUUUUAUGUUUCUAAUUUUCUGUCUUUUCCUAAUAUGGACAUGGUGAUGAUAGUAUACAGAGAAUUGCGUUGCUUACAUUUCUGUAAAACCACCAAUUUCAACGGAGAUGCUUUUUAUGUUCUUCAAACUUUACACCCUUUCUU